AUGCCGCCUAAAGCAGCUAAAGAUGACAAGACUUUUGGUAUGAAGAACAAGAACAAAUCUUCAAAAGUUCAAGCGUAUAUAAAAACUGUUCAGAAACAACAAUCUGAUGCAGGUAAAUCAAAAGCAGACAAAGUCAAGGAAGCUGAAAAACAGAAGAAGGAUGAAGCUAGAGCUACUGCUUUAGCUAAAAAGAAAAUGGAAGCUGAGUUAUUCGGUCAUGCUCAAAUUCAAAAAGUACCUUUUGGAACAGACCCAAAGACUGUACUUUGUGUAUAUUUCAAAAAUGGACAUUGUGAAAAAGGUACAAAAUGUAAAUUCUCACAUGAUUUGAACGUUGGUAGAAAAGUUGAAAAACUUAAUAUAUACGAGGAUGCCAGAGCGCAAAAGACAGCAGAUACAAUGGAUACUUGGGAUGAAGAGAAACUUCGAAAUGUUGUUACUCAAAACGAAAGUAAACAAACUAACGCAACCGAUAUCGUAUGUAAAUACUUUAUUCAAGCAAUUGAAGAUAAGAAAUAUGGUUGGUUCUGGGAAUGCCCUAAUGGCGGGGAUAAAUGCAUGUACCGACACGCAUUACCUCCUGGAUUCGUGUUGAAAUCAGACAAGAAAGCGGCAGCAGAAGCGGCGAAGAAAGAUAAGAUAUCUUUGGAGGAUUUCCUGGAAGUAGAGCGACACAAGCUGAAAGCACCUCUGACACCUGUCACACCUGAAUCAUUCGCUUUAUGGAAGAAGACUCGACAAGAGAAGAAGGCAGCUGAGCAAGAAGCGUUCGAAAAGGCUAAGGCUACACAGAGAGCAGCUGGUAAGAUGACAGGAAUGACAGGUAAAGAUAUGUUUGAGUUUGGUGGUGAGAUCUACGAGGACGAUGAAGAAGGUGAAGAUGAUUGGGAUAUCAGUAGGAUGUUAGCUAGAUAUAGAGAAGACGAUACGAGACCUGAUGGAUAUGACGAUCAAGAAGGAGCUUCAAAUUCAAAUCAAAGUCAAAAUGCGAACGAGAAUGAUAACGAUAAAGAUGAUGUUGAGACAGUAACGAACGGAGUGGGAAAUGUGAAAGUGACAAGUUAA